GGCAUAAAAAUUAUAUUUGAUUGGGACUCUUGUUUUCCCCCCUUAAUUUUUGUGCUGUUGUAUCUUACACAUACAGAAGCAUGAGGGUGAGAUUGGGGGGCUCUGGAGCAAGGUUCCAGGCUCCCAGUGCUGAGCUUGCUGCUCAGUUGCUGUGUGUGGUCUUCACUUCCUUUUCCUAGGCCUCAGUGUUCUCAUCCACAAGAUAGUAAUAAUAAUCCUAUAUUGAAUGAUGCUUUAUUUCUCACGUGUGAACUGUGAAAGGGAAAUACUCCCGCAGGUAAAAGGAAGUCUCAGAGGCAGGUGUUUUUGUCGUUGUUAACAGUAGGCUGCAAAAUGACAAAGGAGAAGCAGCUGAAAUGAUCUACACACUUAAAUGUGAUCUGCUCAACAACUAAUGUUUGAAAAUUCCUUAAAAAAAUAUUUUGGUUUAGGGGCGCCUCGGUGGCUCAGCCGGUCAAGCAUCCAACUUCAGCUCAGGUCAUGAUCUCAUGUCUCAUAGGUUCAAGCCCCACAUCGGGCUCUGUGCUGACAGCUCAGAGCCUGGAGCCUGCUUCAGAUUCUGUGUCUCCCUCUCUCUGCCCCUCCCCAACUCGGUUUCUCUCUCUCUCUCUCAAAAAUAAAUAAACACUAAAAGAAAAAUUAAAAAAAUACUUUAGUUCUGUUCUUGGAUCCUUAGUUUUACAUUUACUGAAAGAGAUAAAUGUAAAUUGGACCUCAAAGUUUUGGGGGCAGGUGACCUUGAAAAGCACCCAUGGCCAACAGGUGCUCUGCUCUAGUUGAUUUCAGGUGAUGAAGACUGAAGGGCGGUGUGGGAUUCUUUUUAAUCCUUAGGCUCUUCUACAUUCUCUUAUUUCAACAAUCUAUAGUGGGUCAGGAAACAAGUGUCCUGGGAACAUAUGUAAAGUACCUCCCUAUUCUCUUUCUUUCUUUGGAAGCUGUUUUUAGAAGACAGCUUUUGGGAUGGCUAUUUUACAUACGGUAGGUCGGGAGACUUGAGCUUUUAUUUUUGCACAUUUUAAGAGUGUUUUAAACCGUCAAAUCACUUGAACUGUCCUAUGACAUACAUAAAACCUGUUCUUUGUUUUGUGUUGUUUUUCCUGCUGGCUCACUCUUCGUUUAAACUCGGUCUCUGUGGAGAUUUGGGCCAAGGUCACUGACAUUGCCAGCAGCUACUUCGUGCUUGAUAAACUUGGAUAUUCUCUAGAAACGUUUGAAUCUCUGAGAUUUAAAGGUCUUUCCUUCAUCCCUGUGCUGUUGCGGGUAAGCUCUCUGGACCCCAGCUGGCCUCAUGGUGAGUUCAAGGCCCUAAUCCAGUAGUCCAACGGAGUUCACGCCACCCUGAGCCUGGAAAGAUGGUGUCACAGUCUAUGGGCCGGCAGGAUUCUCCUGUGCACCCUUGGGAAGGGGUCAGCAGUGACCCUGGUGACGUUGAGGACUCGCCCAAUCUCCUGGACACUGACCAGCCUCCUUGCAAAUCAGACGUCAGGUUCAUGAGGCACAGAGCUGCCUGGAUUAACCCCCAGUGUGCGCAGCAGCAGCUACAGGAUUUGCCCCCUCAGGUGCCGACAGCGGGGAACGGUGGGAACCACUUUGGAAGGGAUACCGCCUGUUCCCUGGGCCCUUCACCGUCGUCCCUUGGGGACUCCAUGGUGGAGACAUCACUGUCCAAGGAUACUGCAGACUCUGCCUGGGGCUCAGGUGACAAGAACAGCGACUUCUCUUUUACCUCCAAGGGAGAGCAGGCAGUGCUCCCAGGAAAGUCUCCUCAGAUGUCUGUGUUCACAAGCUCCAAGGCUGCCUCCUCGUGGCCGGAAGCUGACAGCGCUUUUUUGAAGCCUUCCCAUCUGACAGCUUCCGCUGGUGAAGGUGCUGUUCCAGUCGGUAGAAGAACCACUUCUUUGAAUUCCUUCUCCCCAGAAGCAUUCUUGCUCCCUGUCGAUGUAGAAAAGGAAAAUGCCCACUUUUACGUAGCGGAUAUGAUGAUAGCAGCCAUGGAGGAAAUAAAGUGUACCAUCCUCGGUCAACAGCACACACAGAACUGGAGCGUAGAAGAAGCCAGUGCGUCGCUCGGGAAUGAUCAGGCGGACCCCGAAAUGGCCUUUUAUACGAGCAUAAAGCAGGAAUCUGGGUCUUCCGAUUCUUCUGACAGUGGCUACGAAGGCUGUGCUGUGUUACAGGGCAGCCCAGUGGCUGGGACCCCCACUUACUGUGAUGUGCUCAAAGAAGCCUGUAAAUGUGACUUCGAUGACUUUGUUGUCGUAGAAGUUGGUGAGUUUAACAAUAUCACAGAAACCUGUGGAUGCCCCUGCAACUCCUCUAAGAGUGUCACUUAUGAGCCAAACUUCAAUUCUGCUGAGGGAAUAGCCAAAGAGUUGUACCGAGUAUUCCGGAAGUGCUGGGUGUUGUCAGAAGUUAAUCAUCAGCUGGCAGGUUCUCUGAAUGCAGCUGGCUCGAUCGUUGUGAAUGAAGAGCGUGUCCGAAAAGACUUUGAAUCCAGCGUGGAUGUAGUUCAGGAAAUUAAACUUAAGUCGAGGAUCAGAGGGGCUGAAGACUGGACGCCCCCUAGAUUUCAAAUCAUAUUCAGUGUUCACCCACCACUCAAGAGGGAUCUCGUGGUAGCAGCCCAGAAUUUUUUAUGUGCUGGCUGUGGAACUCCAAUAGAACCUAAGUUUGUGAAGCGGCUGCGGUACUGCGAAUACCUGGGGAAGUACUUCUGUGACUGCUGUCACUCCUACGCGGAGACCUGCAUCCCUGCCCGGAUCCUCACCUUGUGGGACUUCAGGAAGUACUACGUCAGCAAUUUCUCCAAACGGCUGCUGGACGGCCUGUGGCACCAGCCGGUUUUCAAUUUGCUGAGCGUUGGCCACAGCCUGUAUGCCAAGGCCAAGGAACUAGACAGAGUGAGGGAAACCCGGGAGCAACUUUUUCAUAUUAAGAAGCUGUUGAGGACCUGCAGGUUUGCUGAAAGCACAUUAAAGGAGUUUGAGCAGGUGCCGAGGCACUUGACUAAUGAGCUCCACCUGUUCUCCCUGGACGAUCUGGUCAGGGUCAAGAAAAAGCUGCUGGUGCCCUUGCUCAAGGACAUUCUAAAAGCUUCCCUCGCACAUGUGGCCGGCUGUGAGCUGUGUCAAGGAAAGGGCUUCAUUUGUGAAUUUUGUCAGAGUGCCACGGUCAUCUUCCCAUUUCAGACCGAAACGUGUAGAAGAUGUUCAGGAAGUCCCGUGAUCUCUAAACCGUUUCAUGGGAGCAAUCUGGCAAUGCAUUCUGCCUUUACCAUUGGGUGUAGAGCCUGCUUUCACAAGCGGUGUUUCCAGUCGUCUGGGUGCCCCCGGUGUGCGAGGAUCACAGCUAGGAGAAGACUUUUGGAAAGUUUACCCCCUGCAGCAUCAUGAUGCCCCGAGCAUUGUGAAAAAGACUCUUCAAUAUGCCUCGUAACACCAAUUUGUGUCUAUUAUUGAUAAUGUUGUUUUAGAUUUUGAGUAUUGUAUAUUAAGAAGGGCCGAUAUUACAUAUAUUUAAUGUUUUCAAAAGAAUGCAGAUUGUUUGUUAUUAAGCAUUAACUUGUUACUGGUGGUUUUGUUUACACACGUUCAAUGUUUUUGCUGCUACUGUUUUUUUUUAAAGAGUUUUUCGGAUACUUCCUAAAUUGUAUUUGAGUGGUUGUGUAUACCUAAUACCAGAUCCUAUUUUUUUUUUUUAUGAAUUAUCACUGACAAGACAGAUGACUCCGUUCCUCUUCCUGUAAAGCUUGUCUUGUGAAAUGGAUUGGUACUUCCAAUGAACAAAAGCGCGACCCACAAUCUAUUUGCUCGGAAGUUUUUUCCACCUUAAAUGCCAUUUUGUAAUUGUAUCAGUGCUACAGACUUGGCUCGUUCCAGGGUUCGUAUGGAGAGUAUACUUUGUUUCUGCAUUUACAUCUAUUUCGAGAUGAGCUUGAGUUGCUUAGCCGUGCCCGGAGGCCGUGCUUGACACAGUCACCUCUAUGUGGUGCUCUCAGAAGUGCACACCUUUGUUAUCUCUCUUCCCCACACCAAGUCAAGGGAGGCAUGGAUGAGUAGAACUUCACACCUGCCCUUUAGGAUGUAGUCUCAUACAUAUAACACUGAACAUAAAGUGUUUGCAGAAAAUACUGUAAUAACAUUAAAAUACUAGUAAUUACUACUAAAAUAUUAGUAAUAACAUUAAAAUCACAGACAUCACCUUAA